GUGGGGGUUUCAUUGGGUGAUAAGACGAUGUGUUUGGGUUUUUCCAAUAGUUCUUGAUUUCUCUCAAAAAUUCACUGCAAGGAAAUCUAUUAUUUAAUGGGUGGUGAAUGAUGAAGGCUAUGAAGUGUUUCUCCUUCUCCAAUGGUGAACCGAAGUGCACAAAGUCAGGUACGGGUCAAUCCUCCAUAUCGUUGUGGAAUGGUGAAGAAGGGAGAAAAUCAGGGUCCGAGUUUACAUCAAUGGAUAUAUCUGAUAUUAGCAGAGAGUCAUCCACAAGGGUUUCAUUCACAAGUUUGACUCAAAACCCAAGUGGGAAGAGUCACAAUAAUCUCCGGGAAUUUGAAGUUGGUGAGCUGAAAACAGCCACAAAGAACUUUAGCCGGGCCCUCAUGAUUGGUGAAGGUGGGUUUGGUGGUGUGUAUCGGGGUGUAUUACGAAAUCCUAACGAUUCUGGUCACAAGAUUGAUGUAGCUGUCAAACAACUUAGCAGAAGGGGAUUGCAGGGUCACAAGGAAUGGGUGACGGAGGUGAACGUUCUUGGGUUCGUUGACCAUCCAAACUUGGUCAAACUUGUGGGGUAUUGUGCUGAAGACGAUGAAAGAGGGAUCCAACGUCUUCUUGUGUACGAAUAUAUGCCUAAUCGGAGCGUUCUAGAUCAUUUGUGUAACAGGUUUCAGAAGCCUCUUCCAUGGUCAACUAGACUCAAAAUCGCGCAAGAUGCUGCUCGAGGCUUAGCUUAUCUCCAUGAAGGAAUGGAAUAUCAGAUAAUCUUCCGAGAUUUCAAAUCUUCAAACAUUCUCUUGGAUGAGAAUUGGAACGCAAAGCUGUCGGAUUUCGGGCUGGCCCGGCUCGGCCCAUCGGACGGGAUAAGCCAUGUUUCAACAGCAGUAGUCGGAACGGUUGGAUACGCAGCUCCAGAGUACGUUCAAACAGGACGCCUAACAUACAAAAGUGACGUAUGGAGCUACGGGAUCUUUCUAUACGAGCUCAUCACCGGCCGCCGGCCGAUGGACCGGAACAAACCGAAAAACGAGCAAAAGCUGUUGGAAUGGGUGAGGCCGUAUCUGUCUCGUGACCUGAGCAAAUUCGAGCGGAUUCUAGACCCUCGGCUUGCCGGAAAUUACUCGGUGAAGUCAGCGCAGAAGCUAGCCGGCGUCGCCAACAAAUGCUUGCAUCGGCAACCAAGGAUGCGCCCGAAAAUGAGCCAAGUGUUUGAGGUUUUGAACAAGAUUGUGGAAGAUGCGAGCGUUGAGAUUUUGGAAGUGGAGGAGGAGUCGCCAUUGUCAACGCCGAUUAAUGGUGGUUUUGAGAGAUCGAUAAGGGAUGGGUUGAAGAGAAGGCUUUUGGAUCCGAUUGUUGGAGUUGGAGAAAAUAAUAAAUGGUUGGUUUGUUUGAAAGGGAGUCCUAAAGUCGUGAGCACUACUUAGUUUGUUACAUUACAUAUGAAAUUUGUAUAGCAAA